GUUGAAAACGCGUGCUUUUAUUCUGACACGUUAACCGGAAGUGUUUGAGACCGCUUUAACGCAACGUUAGAGCAUUUCAGUGAUAGCGUGUAGCUCAACAAUGCAGCAACGGGAGGAGAAGCAGUUGGAGGCGGCGGUGGAGUCGCUCAUCUCUCGUGUGGCACACGUCAAAAACGCGCUGCACAGUUUCAUCUACAAGCUGGAAAAUGAAUACGAGCGAUUAACGUGGCCGUCGGUUUUGGACAACUUCGCCCUGCUAUCCGGUCAGCUGAACACCAUCAAUAAGCUGCUGAAGAACGAGAAGACGCCAUCUUUUCGCAACCAGGUUAUAAUACCGCUGCUUCUCUCCCCGGACCGAGAUGAGGAUUUAGCAAAACUCACGGAGCUGCGCGUCCCAGUGUUCAGCCAUGAGAUUGUACCGGACUACUUGCGGACCAAGCCUGACCCGGAGGUGGAGGAGCAGGAGAAGCAGCUGAGUGUAGAGGCGGCGCGGAUCGGCCCAGAGGUGGCGCAGAAACAGAUCCAGACGUUGAAUAAACUUUGUUCCAAUCUGCUGGAGAAGCUGAACAAUCCUCGUGAUGACAGAGAUGCAGAGAGUUCAGCAAUACGACAGAACAAGCCGUCGUUCAACCCGGCGGACACCAACGCUUUGGUGGGAGCAGUUGCAUUUGGAAAGGGGCUUUCCAAAUGCAGGCCUCCCGGUCCAGUGGCCCCUGGACAUCCGGGACAAGGGCCCAUGAUGAGUGGGGGUCCCACCUUACAGCAGGUCACCAUUGGUGGUGGUUCAAACCAGCAAGCAGUUAUGGGAGGACCUGGUGCUCCACAGCAGCCAGGGCAGCCAGGUAGGAGACCUGGAGAGCUCGGAAAAAUGCCCAGCAGCAUCAAGACAAACAUCAAAUCUGCAUCUGGUUCAAUGCAUCCUUAUAACCGAUGAGCUCCUUGUAUAUUAUAUGGCUUUUUUUGUUAUGUUAUGUUUAUAAGCAUUUUCUUUACAUUUCAGAGUCUCACUGAUAGCAAUGACAACAAUUUGUAAAACUCUCCUUUGUAACUUUAUACAAACCACUUAUUUUGAUAGACUGGACCACCUACAAAGUGGUUACUACUCGGUUCUCUCUAAAGACUCGGACGUUCUUGUUUUGAAAUGAUCUCAAACAUAAAAUGUUAAUAAUCGCAGCCAUCCGUUUUCUUUUUUUGUCACAUGGUCUGAGCCUCGUGGUUUGAGCCACUAGAUGGCAGCAUGUCGUCAUUCUUUGGGAACAGCAACGCUUGUAUUUAGCGCUCCACCAUUGACUCUUUUUUUUUUUCCAAUUAAAGAUCUUCUGAAAAAACACCCUGGCUGUUUAACAAACACAUUUAAUUCACUUCAUCAUUUAUUAUAUUCAUGUACUUAAGGAAAGUAACGAAUCAACUCUAAUUAGACAUUGCCUUUUAUUAUGUUAAA